AUGUGGACACGUGGAAAUAUGCGAAACCACUCAUCGUUCCCAAAGCUUCUAUCGAGGCGGCUAAGGAACUUCUUAUUUGAUCUACAACAGCAGAAUCACAGCUAUAAUCAACAGAUAGAAAGAAAUAUGUCCGGGUUAUUAAGGAUGGAUAGGGUAUGGACAGCCGUAGAACUCGCGAAGCAUGCAUUAGAAGCAGAUCCUACUAGGGUAUCCAAACUCGGAAGAUGUUAUGAGACUGAGCCGGCUACCGUACUUCGUGCUGGAACAGGGGUUCCUCCUAACAAUGGAUCCACCACAGUAGGGGUUAUAUCACAACUUAUUCCCAUCCGGACAAAGAAAAGGAAUAGUAGUGAAAUGACAGGAACAGGAACGACAGCUUUCAUUGCUACGGCUAUUGGCUUUAGCUCUACUAUGGCAUUCCCUGUAGUUCUUGGAGUAACUCAAACUCGAACUCCUGUUCCAUCAAGUGAUUUUAGGCAAACUGAUUCUAGGGCUCACGAUAAGAUAUACAUUUUUUUCCUUUCCUUAGAGGGCCACUUUCUGAAUUCCAUUUUUCUGCUAUUCCCAUUGAAGCAGUAGUUGAAGUAGUGGCAUUCAAAAUAGAAAUCUAUGUCAAAGUGCUAUUCAUGGCCAUUGCUAAGUACGCAAAUAAGCCAGUUAGAUAUUUCUUUGAUUUCCAAGUUAGGGAUCUAGUUCCAAGGGAGGGCUAGAUCAAGCGCAUCUAGUGUUGGAGAAAAAAGGGCAUCCAAUGCUUCUGCCAUCGAAAAUGGUUAAGCCCCUACAAUAGCAGCGGGAGGAUUUCUCGCAGGGAAUUCUGUAACAUCCCUAUAGCCAGAGUCAGCCGACAAGAGUUUCUUUUCCAUAGUUGGGAAUGGAGUGCUCCCUACGACAGGAAAUCGGUGUCGUGGUGGUUGGUGCUACGAGAUGGCAAUUUCUCGUAUAGAAGAAUAGAUCCGCGGACCUAUUGAUUUACCAUAGAUGCGAACCGAUCGACCCCUACCUAAGAGAAGAUAAGUAGUUCUUCUAUCGUUCAAGGGCAGGGCGAAAACGAAGAUAGGAUCGUGGCCCUUUUCUUGUUUCUUUUGUUUGUGUCCGGUACUUGCUCGAAUCCUUCUCGUUCGAUCCACAUUCCAUAGCUUAUUAUUUCACAAAGGACUCCGCCAUUGAAUAGACUAUCUACAACUUUUUACGUGAGAUCUGAUCUUUCCUCCCUCACAGCGAUUAGUUCAAAUCGAACUAGCUAGAUUCUCUUGCUCUAGGCCUUUUCUUUUACUAUUCCUAUUCCCUGCUCUACUUAAUGUACGAGGAGGAAUAGAGAUCGACAAGCAAGAGUCAAGCCUCUUUCCUGAUUAGCGAAUAGUGCCUCACUUUCCUUCUAAGCUGUCAUCAGUCUCAGACAAGAAAUAAGAUCAAAUAGAAUCCGAUUUCCGACAUUCAAGAGUAGUAAAGCAUCGAAGCAAAUAGCGUAAAAGGAUACCUAUCGAAUAGGCUCUGGGACUUCAGGAUCCCUAACCUAUUGAACCUAGUGUUCAAGCCUAAACCUGACUCCCUCACUCGCUCUCUUUGCCGACAAUCCCCGGAAGCAAGCCAGUAGCUAGAGAGGAUAGGAUGUGAUCGAAGCCGCUGGUAAUACCCCUAUCUGGAGUGAACUCUCCCCUAUAGUGGACUGCGGGGGUAUUGACAUAUAGUUAGAGUCAAAUUAAGGAAUUGAAACGGAGUUGCAUUAACUUGAUAAAAACACGUGUCCAAUCGCUAUAGAAAGAAGUUUCCCAGAGUUCUGUCUCGGAGGACUGAUGACCUUCUAUUGAAAGAGUGGAAGGUAGCAGAUGGAGAUAGAGAUUGAACAGUUGGUGGCCCUACGAGGAAGUCUACCCAUUUCACUAAGCUUGAAGCUUACGGCAACCGCUUUCCUUAUCCGUGGGAAAUAAAUGGAGGAUGGAACUUUAUAUUGAACAUUUAUAGGCUUCGGCGGAUGCCGAGUCGGCAACUUAUUGACUUAAGGUACGGAUGAGGCUUAUGGGGAAGGGGGCUGACGCUUAAGCAUCGGCUAGUGUAACCACUCCAGUCCAUCUUUCGUAUCCAAGCCAAGGUGGGCGCUUUACACAUAUGAUAUGGAGAUCUAGUACAGUGAACAAGUAAGGUAGGGGCGUAUCUAAUCCCUUCUCUUGUGAGAUCUUCUUUCUCUAAAGGAAGCAUAGAUAAUAGUGGUUUCAAUCAAAGUCUGUGGAAUUCAUUAGAUAUCCCUGAUGGAUUAAGGCGUAAUACAUAAUUGAAAGGGGUUCCUCCUAUCACUCUAUUACUGGGGACGAUAUGAAAAUGUGUUGGCACGGUUCCAACUCGUGAGAAAAAGGAGGACUUUGUGAAGAGCUACCAAGCCUUGAGAACAGAGCGAGCCUUACAGCUUGAAAGAUGGAUCAAGAAACCUUGGGGUAAUUGUUGUGAACUCAUUAAACUACAUCCCAACUACCAACAGGAAGAAUCCUUCGCCACAUACCUGAUCCCUACUAUCCGAACGGAGGAAUGAAUACUCUUUAAACAGAAGCUGACAGUACGGAUGCUAACAGCAGAGGAUAGCUUCGAUCACUUGGAGUACUUCCCACCUUUCCUAUACAAAUGAAAGACAUCACAGUAAAGGACAGGAAUACAGCUAAGCCACAUACCAUCACACAUCAUGCACAGCUAUUCCCAAGAUAGUGACUUUUGAGCCAAUGAUCCCUAUCAGUAGUGAUUGAUUACCCUUGGGAUCUGAAAAGUCCAUUUUCUAUUAGCCGAGGUUUGCCAUAUAAAAUCAAUACCAGAGAGCCGGAGUGGACUGCUUUCGAACGACAGGCUGAUAGUUGAAAAGAAGCCUAAGUCAGCGACUGAACAUUGCCUUGGGACAGAAAGAGAGAGAAGGGCGAGUCAAGACUUCCAGUUUUAUGAAAUAGAAGAUCCAGAUCUUGGAGCACCUAAUCAACCAGUUGAGGAAGAGGAACGAAGGUACUCGACCAGAAGAAAAGGUUAGAACCUGCUCGGCCGACUAAAGCUAAAGGGAUAGGGGAAAGAAAACUGCUUGAAUAACUAGUGGGUUACUACUCGAUCGACUAAAACAGAAGUAAGGGAAAAAAACCACCAUCAUACUGUCUUUUCCCUUAAAGAAAGUAAGGCAUCCCAAGGCAGGGAAGGAAUCUGAACCAAGGAAGGAUUCUGCUGGAGCUGCAGUCUCGGAGUUUCAAACUGACCUUUAGGCACUGACGUGACUCUUCCACUUGUUGAUGAGGAGAGGGAUUGAUUACUCGACUAAAAGGAGAGGGUAGCAGAAUACCAUUAAGAAAAAUAUCCCAUUAGUGCUGCUCUUUUCUAAGUCAAAUACCUAACAACGAGAAUCAGGAGGGAGCUUCUGGGUAGCAUCAGGAGACUUACUUACUAGAAACUAAUAAAAUAGUGAAGGUUGUAGAGAAGGCUUCUUAUAAGAUAAGGGUACAGUAGCUCGUAUCGAAGAAUAUUCCCGAGAUGUGAAUCUCACUAAAGCAUUUCAAAUAAAGAGAGGGGCCAAGCUUAAGAAUUCGCUUUCCAGGACGUACUCAGGGCAGGGAGACAGGGCGCAACAAUUGUGACUGGCCAUUUUGAUCGAUGAGGGAAGGCAAGGCCUUAACCAAGAGUCAUCGCAUUCGUCGCACCAAUCAUAGAUAGAACCCGAUCCUUGGAUAGAAUCCAUAAUCAGAAGUUAUCGGUACCCUUAGCAUCUUCCCUUUGAUUAGAAUGUGAAGGUCCUUGGUUCGGGCAAGCAGCGUAUUUAGAAGCCUGCUACCGAAAUGGAAUUCCUCGGUCGAUAACUUUCAUGAUAAAGCAGAAUUCCGUUGGACCAAUAAGUACCUUCUCGUUUCAGUCGAGUCACUGAGCGCCCACCGGGUUGAUUGAAAGUGCCCCUACGGACUGGGACACCUUCUUCCAGAGCAUUCUCACCAUCUGUACUAGCCUUGCAUGAAAAAAGGAUGAACCAUGAAGAAUUCUCCACUCUAUGAACUCAUAGCGCUCUUGGGAUGGGCAUGUGUCUUGCAGUAGGUAAAAGUGAAAGAAUAAAUAAGCACGAGGGAGAUGCUAGGCUGAUCAAAAGAAGAAGGAUUAGCGAGAAGUAUAUCUAACUUUCUUCUCCAAUUGCAAUUGACUGAUUAUAGAUUUUCUAUAUUCUUUUUCUAUUUUCCUAGCGAACUAGCAGCUCCCCCGCCCUACACAGGAUUGGAUACUGAACCUGAUCAGAUAGACCGAUCGGUGCGUAAGAUGAUGAUAGUGACGCACUAGGUUUUAUUUGAUCUCGCUACCUACUAUGUAUACUG